GAUUAGGGUCAAGCGAGGACUGCGACCAGCUGGCUCCCACACAAUCUUAGCGGAUCAAGGAAAAUUGUCGGCUCUUGAAUUUCGGGCCUCAGUCUCUACACCAAAAAACUUCGAGCUCAACCACCAUCCCACAUACCCAUCUCCUUCUCUCACCAUCUCGGAUUGCGCACAGUAGACCGCCACAAUGGGUCGCGUUAUCCGAAACCAGAGAAAGGGUAACGGCGGUAUCUUCACCGCCAACACCCGCCUGCGAAAGGCCCCUGCCAAGUUCCGAAGCCUCGACUACGCCGAGCGCCAUGGCUACAUGCGCGGUGUGAUCAAGGAAAUCAUUCACGACCCUGGCCGUGGUGCUCCUCUCGCCCGCGUCGUCUUCCGUCACCCCUACAAGUUCAAGCAGGUGAAAGAGACCUUCAUUGCCAACGAGGGCAUGUACACCGGCCAGUUCGUCUAUGCCGGAAAGAACGCCUCGCUCACCGUCGGAAAUAUCCUCCCUCUGUCCUCCAUGCCUGAAGGUACUGUCGUCUCCAACGUCGAGGAGAAGGUCGGUGACCGUGGUACUCUCGGCCGCACUUCCGGCAACUACGUCACUAUUGUUGGCCACAACCCCGAUGAGGGCAAGACCCGUAUCAAGCUUCCCUCAGGCGCCAAGAAGGUCGUCAGCAGCAGUUCUCGCGGCAUGAUCGGUAUCGUUGCUGGUGGUGGUCGUACCGACAAGCCCCUCCUCAAGGCCUCUCGUGCCAAGCAUAAGUUCGCCGUCAAGCGCAACUCAUGGCCCAAGACUCGUGGUGUUGCCAUGAACCCUGUGGACCAUCCUCACGGUGGUGGUAACCAUCAACACAUUGGUAAGGCUUCUACCAUCUCAAGAUACGCUGCGCAGGGUCAAAAGGCGGGUCUUAUUGCUGCCAGACGGACUGGUCUGCUCCGUGGUACGCAAAAGACAAAGGAGUAAAUGUUGCUCUUUCGGUCACUGGUUUAUAUGGCGGUUGGAGUUUCGUUGUUGCUCUUUGCAUCUUCAGGUACAGGCGAGUCGAUAUGAAAUAGGCUCAAUGGGACAGUACCCGGCAUCAGAUUCUGCAUUACAGCAUCCAGCUCUCCGAAAAUUCGUACGAAGUGACGCGCAGUGUGAACGGAUGUCACGGACCUCCAUACAUGUGAAGAUAUCAUGGUCGUAAGGACGUACACACGGGCCAAUAUUAUGAGAUAGGCAGGUUCCAGACUUAAGGCUGGAUUGUGUAAUGAAAAAAAAAAAGACGUUCAACCAACCAGACAAGAUACCCUUUGACGGCAAUACCCAGAAGCGUCUGCAUGUAGUCGUUUGUAGGUUAUGAGUUGGUUCGGCCCAGUCUGUCUAUGCCAAUUUACAAGCCUUGAGAUUAUUGACACGGAUGUUUCUAUUUAAUGUACCGGUAACCUAUGAUCGUUUGACUUACAAGGUAUGGUACCAAUAAGUACAGCACGGGCCUAGCGGGACCUUCAUGAGUUUGGUGAGUCUGAUCAUCGCUAGGUAUUCGUUCGUCCAUUUGCUGCUUGCCAGAUGCUUUGUUUUAUUCCGACCCGGAUUACUGUACGGGAAGUGCCCACUAAGCAAUCUGCCAAUCUUCAUGGACCCGGCAGUUGCUUCCACUUCCACAACUUUUAGCAAUUAUGAUACAUUACCAACCGUAAAAUCUCC